AUGUUUGCAACACCACGACUCGUCGCUCACAGCUUCAAUUGGCAAUGUAAACGUGUCGCUAUCAGCAAUGUCUUUGGAAUUCAACUUGGUGGACGUCGCACCUACACAACGACCCUGAAUGUGAAGGAAAAGGACGAGCUUCAUACCGGCGAUCGUUAUGCUUCCAUUCCCGAUCGCAGUCUAUUGGAAAUUCAAGGACCAGAUACAGCCAAGUUCUUGCAAGGUCUUAUCACCAAUAACAUGCCUUCGAUUGCCCAAGGAGGUGAUGGAUUCUUCACUUCAUUCUUGACUCCUCAAGGUCGCAUGUUGUAUGAUGCUUUUAUUUAUCCUAUCAACGAUGGCAACGAGUUUCCUCAACCCAAGUUUAUGAUUGAAUGUGCAUCCACAGCAACGACAGGCUUAUUGAAGCAUCUCAAGCGUUACAUCUUACGUUCCAAGGUCAAAGUAAGAGACGCCACUGAAGAAUACAAGCUAUGGAGCAUUUGGGGUGAUGGAUUGACAACAAUGAAUGUCGACAAUCGAUUCUCCAACAUUGGAUGUGUGGAUCCUCGUGUACCUGGAUUUGGAUAUCGUGCUAUUCUUCCUCAAGAUCAGGAUAUUGGCAGUAUUCUUUCUUCCAAGGGUGAUUUCAAGGAGCUCCCUUCAUCCGAAUAUACCAUCCGUCGUAUCCUCCAUGGCAUCCCUGAAGGUGUAACGGAUCUAGUUCCUGAACAUGCAUUGCCUCUUGAAUCCAACUUUGAUUACAUGAAUGGAGUGAAUUUCAACAAGGGAUGUUAUUUGGGACAAGAAUUGACGAUUCGUACACAUCACACUGGCGUUGUACGCAAACGCAUUGUACCUGUGCAAUUUUACAAGAAGGAUGAAAGUGUGCCAUCAAGUCUUCAAGUGGAUCGUGCAUCAUCCUAUUGGCCUUCACCACUCGAACCACAAAUGGAUAUCAAGCGUGCUGAUGGUGCUAGCAAGCGUAGUGUGGGCAAAUUGGGAUCGGGUAUUCACAACAUUGGCCUUGCAUUGAUGCGACUCGAACACAUAAAACCAGAGGUACAAUUUGCGGUGCCUUCAGCAACCGAUAUGCAGCUACAACCCUUUAUCCCUGAAUGGUGGCCCAAAGAAGAAGAAGAGAAGCAGCAUCAGUAA